UCUAGCCCUAACAAAUCAACACACAAAAAACACAAUUCCUUGCCUCAAAAUCAUGUGAAUUAAUGUAGAGAGAUGCGGGAGGGAGGGGAGCAAUGAGAGGAAAGGAGAAGGUUUGCUCACAGAAAGCGUCGGGGCGGGUCUGGGAGGGCUUGCGCUUGACACGGACGACGAUGGGUUUGUCCCUCCCCUCAGCCUCCGAGGUGGACGCCAUCGCCGCCGGCAACCAACGUAGGGUUCUCUUCUCGCCGCUUCUUUUCUUCCGAGGAGGGGGCUUUGCCUUUUGGGAGCUUUAAGAUGCGUGCAAAUACAUCUGGACACCUACGUGGACACAUAUACUCGCUCUCGACCGCGCCAAAAAAGGAAAAAAAAGAUGUCGGAAAUGGCGGGCAGCGUGUCCGUCAUCCUCUCCGCCUCCGGCUUCCCCUAUCCAUUCCCCUCUCCACCCCUCUCCAAAACCCUACUAAACCCCUUCUCCUCCAGCUCCAGGUCGAGGUGGAGGUGCACGUGCCGGAUCCUCCCCGCCUAUGUGUCCCUCCGCGGUGAAAGCCCGCUGCCCCUCCUGCGGCGGCGGCGCGAUGUCUCCGCUGCGUACGGCGACGACGACAUGGACGACGACUUCGGGGACUUCGACCUCGACGAUGGGGACGGCGUGGGGGACGACGAAGACCUCGACAACGAGCAGGACUACGACGUCGACUACGACCGCCUCCUCGCCCCCGUCAAGGCGCCGCCGCAGACGCUGUCCAGGGAGGGAGAGGAGGAGGGGGACAUCGCCAUGGUCGCCGCCGAGAGCUUCGUCUCCACCCAGGAGUCCGCCUCCGACACCGUGGUCGACUACUCCGUGGACGAGGACGAGUUCCACAAGAUUCGGCUGCUCCAUUGCGAUUUCCUUAUCCGCAAGGUGCCCGACCCCGACGACGACGUCUUCGACUUUCGGGAGAUGUACGUCACGCCACCAGACACUGACAUCUACUCCAUCCCAAGGGUUCUUGCCCCAAUGCCACAGAAGUAUGUGAGGUGCACGAAGAAAAAAUUUGGUCGCUACCAUGUCAGUGAGCCGCCAGUUGAGCAUUUGCGUGAUCCUCUCUACAAGACAGAGAGGGAGAUCAUGAAGGUUUUUCUAACAAAACAUUACAGAAAUAGGCGGUGUAAUGAUCCAGAUUUUUUUCUUGACUUUGAAGAGAUUUAUGUUAUUGACUCAAAAACAAGGUCAAUCACGAGAGCAAAAGUUGUGGUUAGUGUCCCUGAAGGAAAGAAGAGGGACAGGAGAAACGACUUGCUACUUAUACGAGAUGGAGGGGAAUCGUUCAGAAUAAUUGACAAGACGAAAAGGGAUGAUGCUACCACUGUGAUCCAAAGAGAAGAGUGGGCAAAAUCAAGGCAAGAUGUGGAGAAGCACUUUAGGAAGCUCCGUGAUUUUGACUACUCGAAUUGGUUUUGAAGAAAUAGUAGUUGGAAUUAUUUAGCAGAGAAAUGAUUUUUGUUGCUUUUUCAGCUGCUUAUAUUAGAGCAAGCAACCAUGGUGUUCAAGUGAGAGUUGCCAUCUUCGACUUCGAGUAGCGUUGUUGUGUGUAAUUUAGGUGUUUGUAUCAAGUAGAAGUUAUGCCACUUAGAGAGCACAUCAGUACAAAAAACUGAAAAAUAUGAUCUUGUGAAUGCAUUACUUGUUGAGUAACCA